CCAAAACCAGCACAAGCCACCAUCGCCGACCCUCCUCUCACCCCACUCGUCCAAUUAGAUUUUGUCGUGGAAAGGAAAAGGAAGGCAAAAACGAAUAAAACGAUGCAGUUCCUUUCAGCCUCGUCGCUGCUUUUGGCAGCAGCAGGCCUGUUCUCGUCCACGGUGGUGGCCCACAACAUCCAACUGCCCGCCCAUGGCCGCGAGUGCUUCCACGAGCAGCUGCAUAAGGAUGAUAAGAUGACCGUGUCAUUCCAGGUCGGCGACAGAGAAUUCGGCAGUGCAGGAAACCUGGACAUUGACUUCUGGAUUACGAACCCCUCAGGCCAGUACGAGGUCUUCGAGAAGUCCGUCUCCAACGGCGACCACUCCUUCGAUGCCAAGCACGACGGCAAGUUCAUUUACUGCUUCGGCAACGACCACUGGGGCGCCUCGAGCAAGGAGGUCUCGUUCAACGUCCACGGCAUCGUCUACGUGUCAGAGUCGGACGCGCCAUCCGAUCCUCUGGAGGCUGAAGUCAAGAAACUGUCCGACCUCCUCGCUCAGGUCAAGGACGAGCAGUCCUACAUCGUUGUUCGCGAGCGCACCCACCGCAACACCGCAGAGAGUACAAACAGCCGCGUCAAAUGGUGGAAUGUCUUCAUCCUCGGCGUCGUCAUUGGCGAGUCCGUGUUCCAGGUCUGGUGGCUGAGGAGAUUCUUCGAGGUGAAGAGGGUAGUGUAGAAAAAGAAAAGACGAAAGCGAGUCUGGGAUGCAAGGGAAGAAUCUUUGUGUAUAGGCUAUGGCAUACUGGGUGUUGAAUGCAGCGAGUUUACUUUUCCUUCUUCUAUUACAUACCCAUGCGAAUUCAACAGAACUCUCGGACGC